AUGUUUAAAGAAAAAAAAAAAAUAGUUGGUUUUCUUUUUUUGAUUCAUAUUUCAAUUUGCUUUGGUUAUCAUGUUGAAUCUACAUAUGGAAAAAUAAUUGUUGACUUUACUGGAUUAUAUGAACGUGUUCCACUUAAUGUAACCAUUUAUAAGGAUCCAUAUUUUAAAAUUCCAUAUUUAAAUCUAAAUUUUAAUUUGUCUAAAUUCCCCAAUCCCAAGUAUCAUAAUUAUAUUUUUGACAGAAUUACCUAUGAAGCAACAAUGGAUAGUAAAAAAUACUAUGGGUCAGCAGUAGAUGCUUGUGUAAUUGAUCUUAAAACAAAUAAAACCGAAUGUGGCUAUAAAUCAAAGACAAUUAAUAAUUGUUUGUUUGAACCAUACAAUGUAACGUUUUUAAAUAAACCUCCAACAAAGGGAGGUGUUAUAAAUGUAACUGGAGAAUUCAUGAGAUUCGGAGUUGGUGAUACGAAAGUGGCUUUUUUAAAAUCAUGGGAUUUUUAUCAAAAUGUAAAUGUUGCCGGUGAAUAUGAUGACCCAAACUAUAAUCCAAACUUUCUAUCAAUUACUUUUCCACGUGGUUAUGGUGAAUUUAAAAUAUGUUUAGAUGCCCAUCAACUAAUGUGCUAUGACUUGUCAUUUCAAAGUCCAUCGAUCUCAUCAGUAUAUUAUAAUACUACAAAUCAUCAUCUAACAAUUAAAGGUGAUAAUUUUUAUAAUUCCAUAUAUGGACAAAGAGAGAUUACCAUAGUAUUUGUAUAUAUUAAUGGUUCACUUUUAAAUGAAAGUGAUAUCAUAUCAAUCGGUUAUGAAGAAAUGAUACACUUUAUACAAAUAAUACAAUACAAAUACCACCACACCCAUCCUCAUAUUCCACAAAUGCGUACAAAGUAUAAUGAAGGUAUUGUUGAAAUUAUUGGUACACAACUUUUAUCAAUAAAAGACCAGAACGAUCUUAAAAUUACAAUUUUUGGCAAAUUAUGUGACAUCAUUCCUCCUAGCAACUUAACCUAUAUUAAAUGUAGAUUACCUAAAGGAGUUGAUAAUAAUCAAAAUACAAUUAAAGUGUGUGUAAACAAUAUAUGCAGUACAAAUGACCUUAUUUAUGAUUAUGUAAAACCCAUUAUUUCCAGUGUCACACAAAAUGGUUCCAUCUUUACAAUACAAGGUAAAUACCAUGGUAGUUAUAAUGAUAAUUCUACACAAGUUAUUGUAACAUAUGAUAGUAAUAUAAAACAAAUAAUAUUACCAUUAUCCAUACAAACUGAUGAAACUGAAUCAGUAUUCAAGAUUCCAUUCUUUUGUGGAAGUGCAAUUGUUCAAUUAGUUGUAAAUGGUUUAAAAUCAAAUGAAUAUACUAUUAAUGCAAAUACAAAUUUUGAAAUUAUAUCGCCACCAUCUACAGAUUCUAAAACGCCAUUAAUAGUUUUACUUUCAUAUUAUGAUUGUAAAUAUUAUAAAAGCAAUUCUUUCAAUCCAUUAUUCAAAAUUCAAAAUUCAAAAUCAAUUGGAGUUAAAGUAAACAAUACAUAUUCUUUUAAUGUUAUACCUGGUACUGGUACAAAACAAGCAACUAUAACAUUUGCAAACAAAGAUGUUACAAUAGAGUACUCAUAUGCAAAACCCAAUGUUUUAAAGCAUAAUGUCGAAUAUAAUGAUCCAAUAAAUACUGUUAUACUUUAUGGUGUUAAUUUUGGUACAAACUCAUCAUUGUGCAAUAUUACAUAUAAUGGUAUAGAAAAAGAGUGUCAAGUAAUAGACCAUUACCAAAUUAAAUUUAAAGUAGAAUCAAUUGAAAUAUCUUCAAACAUAUCGAUUACAAUUGAUGGUAUUAUAUCAGAUAGUUAUAUAAUGGAGCUUGUUAAAUGUAAACUUAUUAAUGAACAAUUGUAUCCUACAUCAUUUGGUUGUUUAGAAUCAGAACCAGUUGUUAAUUACUAUUGUGAUGGUUUAAAAACAUAUUCAUCUAAAACUGAUCCAAACAAGUUAUUAAGUGCAACUUUUGACGAUGAAGCUACUAUGAUUGAUUUCCAAGACAAUAACAUAUCAGUUCAUAUUAAAGAAGGUAUAUCAUCAUCCACAUUAAAACUCUUUUUAAAUGGUUUCUUUUCAAAAUCAAAUAAAAUUAAUAGAAAAGAAGGUAUUGUUUACAACUCUAAAAUACAAUAUGAUGAACAACAAAUUUUAAUUAAUAUUGAUAUAACUGGAUUUAACUUUGGAGAACCAUACGAUAUUGGUUUGCCUACAGUUUUUAAUACAACUUUUGCAACUAAAAACUGUUCAAUGUUAUAUCAUGGCACAAAGUAUAACAAAAACUGUACAAUCGAUAUAAUAACAUGUCAACUAACUCUACCACAUAACUUUAACAAAGAUCUUAUAUUAGAAGAUAAAGAAAGUAGUAAUACAACUCUUACGAUUCCAUUUACACUUAAAUUAGGUAAUAAUACAAUCUAUUCGUCAUUUAAUAAUAUUGAACAUAUACCAACCAAAGAUAAUAAGAAAAAAACAAAAACUAUUGCAUUAGCAACUACAUUAUCAAUUGGAUUAACUUUACUUUUUGCUGGCAGUGUAUAUGGUGUUUGGAGACACCAUCAAAACAAAAUUGAAAACACAAAAAAAGAAAAAAAUUAAAAAUAAUAAAAAAUAGAAAUAAGAAAUAAUCAAAAAAAAAAAUAGUAAAAUAAAAUUUUUUUAGAAU